CCCCACGGAGCCGGGCGCCGCUCCCGGGCUGAGCGGGGCCGGCCGGCCGGAGGGCAGCGGCGAGCGCUGGGCUAAGCAUUUCCUGGAGCCGGGGAGCCGGGGGUGCGGGGCCGGAGAAAACACGCUGUGGAAAGGACUGGCUUCCUUGGAGGGAACCGCGAACGUGUACUGUGGUUAAAGAGCAAAGGACUUGAAGCUCUUGUUGCUUUUGCUGUUUUUCCCCUACGUGAGUGGUUGCCCCUGUACCAUGCCACCUUGCCUUGGAGCCAGCAGAUUAUGGACUGAAACCUCUACAAACUGUUACUGACAUUGAAAGCAACAGACUUUGGCUACACCGACCACUCCUGUGUCAGAUCAACUAUGAGUUGGAAUACACAGCCACAGAAGGCUCCAAUGCCACCCCCGUAUCGGAAAACCCAGCCUGCCUUUUCUCUGCAGUACACUGUGAACCAGCUUUCCACAUUGUCUCAGAGUUCUUUCAAUUGUCCUGCAAGUAACCAGGAAGCCUGCAUGUACCUCAGUAAUUCAAACACAGUGUCGCAGCCACUGCCAAAUGUCAGCAAUUACAGUGUUCCUUUUCAAAUCCCUGCUUCAAAUAUGCCUAGCAGGACAGUGGUGGCCUCUCAGACUCCCGUAGAAAGAACAGCAUACACAAAUGCUAAGGGAGCCACGCAACCAAAUCAUAAUCUGCAGGUGGCUUCAGGAGUGAUGGAAAACCUGAGGUUGAACUCAUCAGUGAUGAGUUCUGAGCCUUCUCCAGUGGAGGCCACAGUGUCUCACCAAACUCACUUUGGAACUAAUCCAGCUAAUUCACACGCACUGCAGAGUCAACAUACAGCGUCAGACACCUGCUCCGUGCAACUGCAGGUGACUCCAAAUUCUGCAAGAGUCCCUGUAGCUUUACAGGGAAGCCAAGGAUUGAACCAGUCGUUACCAAAUCGACAGGUUGAUUGGCCACAGCCGCACGCGUCUGAUGUUGUGACGUUCUCGGACUACAGAACACUGCCAAAGCAACACUCUUACUCGGCACAAAGCUUCAUGCAGGACGCUAAUGUUCUCAAGAACGUCCUUAUGCCUUCAGCACCGUCGCAGAUCACAUAUAACCAGCUCCCAGCUUCUACCCAGUCUAACCAGGCUGCAGUGUUAUCUUACCAGUAUGCGUUGCAAACCAGCACAAGGCCGCCGCCUCUUCUUCCUCCGUACAACUGCAGGUACAGAACCCAGCCCCUGCAGAGCGCCCCGCACGUCACCAAACACCUGUCCAUGGAAGUUCCUCAGAGUCCAGAGACACACUCUUCUGAAGGAAAGAAAGACUUCUGUCAGGGCUUUCAGCAGCAGUGGCAAAGCACUAAUGAAAAUGCCGCAGCAUUUGGAAAUUUCUGCGGCAUAAAAGGCGAUGCCAACGUCAGACAGCCUUUUAGUGAGCCCACUAGAUCUAUGGGUGGUGUUCAGACUCCUUUGCAAAACAGCCAAGAGAAGAGAAUAGAUUCUUGCAAUCCAACUUCAAGUCAAGGACUGGACACAGCUGUUGUGAAAGAAAAGCUAGCCAGAGACAUUAAAUCAUUAGUAGAAAUCAAAAACAAGUUUUCAGAACUUGCAAGGAAAAUUAGGAUUAAUAAAGAUCUUCUGAUUGCAGCAGGUUGUAAACCAGUUAAUAAUAGCUUGCCCAGUGAGCCGGCUCAGCACACUGAGUUCUCGGGAAAAGAGGUACCUGCUAAAAGUCCCUGUUCCAUGGAACUGGUAAAAACAUGUCUUAACCUUUGGAAAGACAAACCCUCGAAAGUGACAGAAAAGCCUUCGAACCCUGCGGGAGAAAAGCAGGCUAAUGAAGCAAUGACAGACACCUCAGCUGCAGCUUCAAAGCCCCUUAAAGUCCCUACCCAGAAUGCUUGUUCAGUUGAGAGAAAUCCUCAGAACAAAUCCGUAAACCCAUUGCAAGAAGCAGCUUUGUCCGUGCUAGUGCAAAAUUGCGAGCCUUUGUGUGCAAAUGUAACAAAGGGGUCAGAGCUCCAGAUUGCUGUAGUGUCUCCCUUGAUUCUCUCAAAUGUCAUCAAGGAGAUAACACCCGAGACACUGCCUGAAACGGUGUAUCCUGUUAUCAAAGAAGGCAGCAUUUGUACCCUGCAGAACCAGCUGCCAGAAAAUGCAGUGGUAACUGCUGCCUCGAAAGCUGACGUUAUCGAGCCGGUGGUGGGUCCAGCAACACCAGCCAGGCUUUUCCCCAUGACUCCGAAGGAAAAGCAGAAUGAGCCAAACAGUGGCGAUUCACAAGACACUCCCAGUACGCGUGAGGAGCAGGGCUGUCAUCUGAAUGGUUCGCAGACCUCAUCCAAACCAAAAGACAGAACUCUUGUGAAUAGUGAUUUAUUACAGAUUGAAAGCAUCUGCUCUCUUGUUGAAGGGGACGUCUCUUAUAAUUCCAAGAUUGCAAAGAUAUUCAACUCUUCCCCUUUGAAAAGGGUUGAGCCCCCCCAAAUUUCUCUCCCCAGUCAGCAGGUGUUUAGUACUGGACACCAAGAAGAACGUGUGGAACAAGGCGCUGAGAGUAAAGGUGAUGAAUGUGUGCAGUACACAGACUUGCCAUGUGCAGGAGCCGUGGAGAGGAUGGAGGAAACGCUGGAGCUCGCAGGCUCUGCAUCAGUUAAGCCUGUUGAGCCAGGGAUUCUAGAAAAGAGGACCCCUGAGAAUGUGGGCAUGCCCGAGGACGCCCUUUGCUCUCCAGAUGCUGCUGCUCAGCAGGAUAUUAACUCUGGGGACAUGGGCGCCUCUGGUGGUGACCCUGCCCAGCACCCUGCAGCAAGCGAGAGUUGUGAUGACCGCACCGUCUACCUGCGUGACCAGCUGUCAGAACUUUUAAAGGAGUUCCCUUACGGCAUAGAAGGUCUGAACUCAUAUGGGAGUUUUCUGAGUCAAAAGAAGACAGAACAGGUCUCAGAAGAUCAGGUCAGUGGUAAAGUCAGUUCUGAUGCUAAGGGACCCACAGACCACAUAAAAAUUACAAUACUAAGCUCAGAACAAAUGAGAGAAUUAUUUCCGGAAGAGGAUGAACCCCAUGCUGCUGACAAACUGGGACCCCCUGAGGUAAACAAGUCUGCAGAAACUCAGAAAGAAAAGCAUGUGGCGGAAGUCGGGAGCCAGUGUGACCCACAGACACCCACGGGAGGAGAAAGUCCCGAUUUUGUAGGGAAUACAGACAAAAUCCAUUGCUGUGCUCUGGGCUGGCUUGGCAUGAUUUAUGAAGGGGUCCCCAAAUGUCGCUGUAACCCUGUGGAGAAGCAGCAGGCACAGCAGGCCUUGUUGGAAACCAGCAGUGGUGAACAAGGACGGCCAGCCUCCCACGCAGAUGUCACUGUUGUUAAAUUUGAUGGUGUUUCGCCUAAUCCAAAUGUGCCUCUGGCUGCUGCAGCUGAGAAGAGACAGUUUCAUAAGAUACACAGCAACGACAUAAAAGAUGCAUCUAAAACCAGCAAGUGCAGUGCACCGCCAAGCAGGAGACAGGAGCUACUGGCUCAGGUUCCACCUCAGUGUAAAAGCCAGGAUAGAAAAGAGGCAUCUGAAACAAAACAGGGUGCCUCGGCAAACGUGGAGCAGCAAUUAACUGGCCAGUUUUCAUCCAACAGUGAUGAGCGAGGUUCCUCGCAAAGGAUCAGAGGAGUAAAAAACUCUCAUGAGGUAGAUUUCCAAUCCAGCAGUAGAACAUUUUCUGGCCAGGCUUCUCAGGAAGGUCCCAAGCAGAAACACACCCCACAGAGCUCGCAUCCGUUAAACCUCAAGAUGGGUCUUUUCCCAAAUAAAGGUUCCUGUAGGAGGAAUGGCUCUUUUGUACAGUCCUUGUCUCCGGAAAAGAAAAAAUUAAAAUUCAAAGAAAGCGGUCCCCGAGAAGGACAUUUGGAAAAAAGGAAGUUAGAACAAGGGGAAAUACCAGGUUUGGAGAUAAAAAAGAAGCGGUGUAAUAAACAAGAACAGAAUAAAAAUGUGGGCGUUGCACACAAGUCAUGUAAUAAUUUGCCAAACGCAAAUGAGCGGGCCAUUGUUAAGGAAGAUUCAACAUCAAAUGCCAAGUCCUUGGACUUCAAGAACACAAGGGAAAGAGGCAUAGUCAGAGACAAGACAGUAUCACAGAUGCAGUCCUUAGAUGCCAAGGACACAAAGGAAAGAGCCAGCAUUACAGAGCAGUCGGUAUCUCAGGCACAGCCCUCAGACCUCAAGGACACAAGGGACAGAGCCACAGUUAGAGACAAGACUGCAUCACAGGUGCAGUCCUUGGAUGCCAGGGACAAAAGAGAAAAAGGCAGCAUUAAAGAGCACUUGGCAUCACAGGUGCAGGACACAAGGGACAGAGCCACAGUUAGAGACAAGACUGCAUCACAGGUGCAGUCCUUGGAUGCCAAGCACACAAGAGAAAGAGCCAGCAUUAAAGAGCAAUCAGCAUCACAGGUGCAGGCCUCAGACUUCAAGGACACAAGGGAGAGAGCCACAGUUGGAGACAAGGUAGUGCCACAAAUGCAGGCCUCAGACACCAAGGACCCAAGGCAAAGAUCCUCCACUAAAGAGCAGCCGGCAUCACAGACACAGACCUCGGAUGCCAAGGAUGGUCCGUGCAGCCUUAAGAAAGUGAUAACACUGCAGGAGUACUUCCAGAGGAAGAAGCAGAACACAGCGGUGGCUCAAUCAGCCAAGAAAAUUUGUUUGGAAAAUGUUUGGGGCAAUUCUGCAUCCUUGGGCUCCACAAAACUUGGCACACAGAUGGAGAGUUGCAGGAGAUUGAAUGGUAACGUCGGCGGCACCGGGGAGACCUCCAAAGAGUCCUCCAAAGUUGGUACGAACCAUGGUAAAAACCUUAAAGCCCACCUUCCUGAGGAGUCUAAGACAUGCAGCCUCUCCUCACAUGCUGAAGGAAGACUUGAUGGGAAACAGCCGUCCAAAACCAAAUUAGACAAAACUUUAAGCAACAUACCCAGUGAGAUCCCUCCCCAGGGGAAGGAGCAGAGGAAGUCGUACCUGAACCGAAUGAGCUUCAGGUGCACGGAACGCGAGCGGAUCUGUCUUACUACGUUUAACAGCUCCUCCUGGAAGCUUGGGAGAGACGAGAAGAACCAGGAACGCAAGCCCAAUACCUCUUUCUCGGGGAAGAACUCCGCUGUAAGACCAGGCCUGCUGGAGUUUAAAUUAUGCCCGGAUGUGCUGUUAAAGAAUACAAACUCUGUUGAGGACAAGUCUGACGUCAAGGCUUAUCCCGAGGAGCAGGCCGCUGUGCAAGUUUCAGGAAUAAAAAGUUCAAGACAAGACUGGAUAAAAUGUGUAACUGAGAAGAAACGGAUGCAGGAAGCCAACCAAGAAAUAGGUGUUAAUUCAAGACUCCUACAGCGAAGCGCCAGUGCGGACGGACGAGAAGGGCAGCCGAACCUGGUGAAGGACUCGCAGGCCAUGUUCCAGACCUACAAGCAGCUGUACCUGCAGAAGCGGGGCAGGAACCUGGGAGGAAGCCCCGGGCCAUGACCCAGCGUGCCCUUCCUCUGCACCUGGGGGCUUGUCAUUUCCUGCCCGGAGUUUCUUGCCGGAUAAUCAGAAUGGCUGCAGUAGAGAUUGCCCGAUUACCGUGAGGUUACGUAUUUUGCUCAUCCUGCUUCCUAUAAAUUACUUUACAGCUCCGUGAGUUAGCACAGGAAAGAUAUGGAUGUUGUUUUCCGGGGAAGCCGGAAGGUAUUUGAUUUAGUGUUAUUUUCUGAAGGCUGCGUGUGUCGCAUUUGAAAACGCUGGCUGCCCCUUGGAGCGGGUGCUGCUCCUCUUUCGAGGGCUUGUUUAUUUAACUGAGUUUGUAAAUACACUUUUCUUCCUAAGCUUAUGUUGGUAAAAUUUAUUUUUUCAGACAUAUCCACUGUGAAUAUCAAAGUAUAUUAUUAUGUAUUUUGUACCUGAUUGUAAACUUUUUUCCGGAAGUCUUGUUUUGUACUUGUUAAACUGAACAGAAUUUUUGGAUAACAUCUUAGUGUUACUUUUCAUACUGAAAGAACAUUUAUUUUUUAAAAAUAAACCACUUGACAUUGUCA